CGCCCCCAAUUAAUAUUGAAAGUUUACUCUUUUGUCAACUUCCUCUGCAAAGAUUUUCUCAACAUUUUUUGUUGUCAAUUUUUUUUUAAAUAAAAAUCCCCCCUGAAAAAUCACCAAACCAAAACAAUUGAAAUUGAAAGUUCUCUCUUUUAUCAAAUUCCUCUGCAAAGAUUUUCUCACUGUCCAAAUAUUUUCGCAGGUUCUUCUCUGUUCCGUCAGUCAGCUCUCCAACUGAACCCUAGAAUGGGAUUCGUCAUCACCUUCAUCUUGGAUUGGGGCUUUUUUUACAUUGAGCCCAGCGGAGCGCAGGAGUUUCCCUCUCACUUGACUUUGACGAAUUCCAUUUCACUAGGAAAUGGUGGAAGUUCCCCUCCCCUCCAUUUGUUUUCGUGUGGAAGGCUUGCUGCUCUGUGAAACAUGAGAACGGCGUACGGCAAAUCCUUCCUUUUCCUCUUUAUUUUCGUCCUCCUCUGCUCGUUCUCUCUUUCCGUUUCCAGAGACACCCUGACCCCAAACCAGCUCCUCUCCGGCGACGAGACCUUGGUUUCCACCCACGGGACCUUCUCUUUGGGCUUCUUUUCCCCCACCAGCUCAGAAAACAACCGGUACAUCGGUAUAUGGUACACAACUAAAAGAAUCCCGGGGCAGAGGGUCAUCAUAUGGGUUGGGAACCGUCAAAAUCCGGUCUCAGGUCCUACGGCAGUCCUGAUGUUGACAUCCAAUGGAAGUCUCCUCGUAACUGAUGGCAACUCUAAAGUCUUCUGGUCCUCGCCGUCGAUGGUGGCCGUCGGAAAACCUGUGGCACAACUCUUGGACGCUGGCAAUUUUGUUGUCAGGGAUUCUCAUGAGAUAACCGAUUCCAAUAGUUUCGCGUGGCAAAGUUUCGAUCAUCCGACCGAUACCCUUUUACCAGGCAUGAAGCUAGGUUGGAACCUAACAAGUGGACUCAACCGUAACCUGACAGCAUGGUCUAGCUCAACCGAUCCAUCCCCUGGUAACUACACCCUAGCCUUGGACCUCCGUGGUGAUCCCCAAUUGAUACUUUGGAAUGGCCAUAUUCUGCAACAGCGGACCGGUCCCUGGACUGGCCUCCAUUUCAUCUGGCUCAGCAGUCAAUCACCACAAACCCUAACUUAUACAGAUGCUCUUGUCUACCGUUUUGUUAAUAAUAAGGAAGAGGUUUACUUCAGCACAGGCGUGGUUAACAAGUCCACUAUCACUAGGCUUGUUGUGAGCCCACAAGGGGUCGCAGAACGGUAUAUCUGGCUUGAUAAGUCUCGCGUGUGGGACCGACUCUGGUACAGCCCAAGCGGCCCAUGCGAUGGGUAUGCUGCUUGUGGCCCAUAUGGUUUAUGUGAUCCAAAUGGUUAUCCUAUGUGCAGUUGCUUGCAAGGGUUUGAGCCUAAAUCACCAGCAAAUUGGGCUUUAAGAUAUGCUUCUGAUGGGUGUGUCAGGAAGACCAAACUGGAUUGUAGGAAUGGGACUGAUGGAUUUGUGACUGUUCCCCAAACGCUUUUGCCAGACACAGUGAACGCGACUGUAAACAGGACAAUGAGCCUGGAUGAAUGCCAAGCUGCCUGUUUGAGGAAUUGUUCUUGCACUGGUUUUUCUAGUGCUGACAUACGCGGGAGUGGAAGUGGGUGCAUUAUUUGGUCCAUGGACCUAAUGGACAUUGCAUCGUCCUCGGAUGGUGGCCAAGAUUUCUAUUUACGUUUGGCUGCGGAAGACAUAGGCUUAAUAUCAAGUCAAUCUCAUAAGAGCGGGGAUGCAGCCUUAGCAGUAUCGUUAAGUGUAGUCUUGGGGGUAAUAUCCCUGCUUGUCAGUGUUGCUUGUUAUGCAUGGAGGAAGUUGAAAUGGACCAGAGGGAAUGCUUUCGUUAAAGAAGAUGAUAUGGAGCUGCCUCUCUUUGAUUUGGUAGAAAUUGAGGCAGCAACAAACAAUUUCUCUAAUGAAAAUAAGCUUGGAGAAGGUGGAUUUGGUCCUGUCUACAAGGGAAAUAUAAGAGAGGGACAAGAAAUUGCUGUGAAGAGACUUUCCAAGACCUCAUUACAAGGUCUGGGCGAGCUGAAGACCGAGGUAAUGUUAGUGGCCAAGCUCCAGCAUAGAAAUCUGGUGAGGCUUCUGGGAUGCUGCCUUGAAGGAGAUGAAAGGAUAUUAAUAUAUGAAUUCAUGCCAAACAAAAGUUUAGAUACCUUUUUGUUUGAUGAACAAAAAGUGGCAUUAUUGGAUUGGAGAAUGCGAUACCAGAUCAUUUUAGGAAUUGCACGAGGACUUCUCUAUCUUCACCAAGAUUCGAGAUUCAGAAUCAUCCAUAGGGACCUUAAAGCUGGAAACAUCCUUCUCGACAAAGAUAUGAUUCCCAAAAUAUCAGACUUUGGUUUGGCCAAACUUUUUGGAGAAAAUGAGACGGAAACACAGACAAGGAGAGUAGUCGGGACAUAUGGUUACAUGCCUCCAGAGUAUGCAUUGAAUGGGAUCUUCUCAGUGAAAUCAGAUGUAUUCAGCUUUGGGGUUUUAGUUUUAGAAAUCAUUAGCGGAAGGAGAAAUAAAGGGGUAUAUCUCUCUGCGGCCGAGGAAUAUCUCUUAGGAAAGGCAUGGACAUUGUGGAAAGAAGGUAAUAGCUUGCAACUAAUUGAUGCGUCAUUGGAUGCCUCAGUUUUUAUGACUGAAAUUCUAAGAUGCAUGAAAGUGGGGCUUCUUUGUGUCCAAGAGCAACCGGAGGAUAGACCGAUCAUGUCAUCCGUUGUUUUGAUGUUAGGCAGUGAUCAUGCUCUUCUGCCAGAGCCUAAACAACCUGGUUUUAUGGCAAGGAUAUCUCCUACAGGGAGUCCAUCUCUAGUGAAGGAAAGCUCCAGUAUAAACGAUCUAACACUUACUACGUCUUUAGAUAUUACUAUUUCCAGAUAUUGUUACCCCUCCACUUCCAGGGACUCCUACCCCUACCACAAAUCUUACCGAUGGAAAUGUCUUGCUUUCAUCUACCGGAACUUUUGCACUGGGAUUCUUUACCCCUGACAACUCCAACCCCAGCAACAGAUAUAUUGGCAUAUGGUACAACAAAAUACCAGGACAGACCGUAAUCUGGGUGGCAAAUCGCUUUCACCCAAUUAAUGGUACCACUGGAAUCUUAUCGAUUACCAAAAAUGGAAGUCUUGUUAU